AUGGCGGGUCAAAAUCCAGGUUCGCCUACCGAUUUUCAAUAUUUUUACGAGGAUGAAGUGUACAAAAUCAAUAACCGUGGCCAAGUCGUCUUCGGUCUGGUGUUGGAGAAUUAUGAAGCAAACUCAAGCGACCAAGAGAGCGACAUCGAAACACCCAUACAAAAAGGCGAAAUUCGUGUUGUCUGGCACCCUUCGGGUACAGAACGUGUUAUUUCGGAAAAAUCGGUUGGUCUAGCCGAUCGUUCGUUGAUGCCAGGUGAUGUUGUCCGUCGCCUCAUAGCCGGGCGGGACACGCAGAGAGGUUAUUGCAGGGAUAUAGUGAUGACUGCGGCGCUCCAGAUAGUUGGCACCAAGCAUGUCAUACCCAACGUAGCCAGUGAGAGACUUCAGCCUUUGGAGGAAUUCACUCCUGACCUGGCCGUCUGCCUUGAUUCCUGGGUCGGAUCCUCAAAGUCGGUUCACAGUAAACUGCGUCUAGUUUCAUCGGAUGGGUCACGCUUGGAAUAUCCAGAUCUGGACACGUGUCCAUUGGAGGAUUACUCUAUGAGGCGGAGACGUGCUACGCCCUACUCUUCAUCGGAGUUCUACCCGGGGCAAGUGGUGUACGGGCCGCUUGGUGCAUUGGACACCGCCAACUGGCUGAACAUGACCAAGGAAAUGAAGGCUGCCAGGAAACAUAAGAUGCAUGAUCAUAAGUUCACAGUGGAGGCCGUUGUAACAGAGAGUGUCAGCGUUCACUGGCAGUGUAGAGCUCUCUGCACUCUACCUGACGCAGCAACUCCUCAACAACCUAAAUUCCUUGUGGAAGGUGAAGAUCUGAAGAGACUAAAAUUGCUCAACGUAUUCGAACCCUGUACACUGCAGGUCGGUGAUAGAAACUUCCUAACAAUCGGUCCAGAGGACACAUUCAUUAGCAAGAAGCAGUGGAGGAAACAGCAGAGUAAGUUCUAUAGGAAUCUCCGUAAACAGACUAGACCAGUGAAGAAACCGUCUAAGACUGAUGCCAAUUCAACUGAACACGUGCCGUCGCGGCCUAAAAAGCGAGCCUCAUCACAAAGGAAACUCAAAACUAUUGAUAAUGAUAUGGAGAUAGAUGGAGGUAAUGAGAAGUUGGAAUCUCUUGAUGAAGCUUUAAAAGCUGACUCAACCUGUCCCAGUAUUAAAAUAGAUCCUAGUGGAGAUGUCGCGUUACCAGUAGUUAGUAGCAUAGAUGAUACUGUCACUGAAGAAAAGAACGAUUCUGGUAUAAGUCCGGAGCCUCAAGAGGGGCGAAGGCCUGCUGGACUGAAUGGAGCCCCGCCAGACCAGGAUGAUGACUCAGAUAACUGGGAGAACACCAGCAGUGACGGCAGUGAUACAGACAGGCCUCUCUGUUAUGUUCCCAGCGGCGCUACGUGGUCGUCUCGCUGUUCGUCCGCGGCGUCUGGCUCUGUCCGAGGGGCGAGGUCCCCUCAGUUGGCUGUCAGAUUACUACGAGGCAAGAGACUGAAGCGUGCGGUCCGUAGGGCUCCGCCCGCGCCGCCCCCACGACGGACGGACAGAGUCGUUGUGGAGACGUUACAUACUACCAGCAGGGCUAACGUUGUUUGGCAGGACGGUACUAUUGAAAUGGGUAUACCCUCAACCCAGCUAUAUCCUAUUCAUCAUCUGGAUGGUCAGGAGUGUUUCCCGGGAGACUUCGUCAUCAACGGCGCCGCUAGUGUAGAGGAAACUCAACAGCUAAAGCAUAGAGAAUAUGGUGUGGUGCAGCGAGUAGACCAUCAUGGGAGGACUGCCAUUGUACACUGGUAUAGAACAUACACCAGCGUAGAUGAACCAGUGCCGCAGAUGUUGUUUGAGAGUGAGAUGAGCGUGUAUGAUCUCAAGGACCACCCUGACUUCCAAUAUCGUCCAGGGACUGUGGUCAUUAGAGUCGCCAACUUCACUGGCGAAGAUGCCAAUUGUACCGCGGGACAGGUGUUGUCCCAGGUUAUAGACAAUUUUCCAACUGGCCGUGUUAAAGUGUGGUGGGUCGAUGGACACACUAGUAUGUGCUGGCCACAGGAUCUAUACAAGGUUGGUGAAUAUGACUCUGAAGACGGAGAGCUGUGGGGCUCCGAGGGAACUGUAUCUGAGGAUUCGUGGGAAACACAGAGUUCAGCUCACGAAUUGGACCCACGUACACCUGACGCGCCUGUAGCCGCGCCCCCUGCCGCCGCGCCAACCUGGUCCGCACCUGCAUCAGGUACAGCUGUGGCAACUCCUAGCGAGGAGGCUGGACCUCUGCCGAGGCUGUUGGAGCCUCGCGUGGCCGCGCACAUAGAGAGAGGACGAGUGGCUAUGAGGAAACUAGAAGAGAUCUUCGCUAAACAACCAACACUACAGAGCCAGGAGAUAAUGCGCAAGCUACUUAAUCUGUACAAGGACUGCCGGUUCCUUGACAGAUUGAUGGGCACCACCUUCUUCCAUGAAGAUCACUUUUUGGGUCUUCUAGAGCGUGUUCGUGAGCGCGGCGCGAGCACACCUCGCGCUGGAGAGCGUCGGGUCCACGAACAACUAGCUCGUCUGUUCAGCACCGAACCCGCUGCAGAUGUAGAACAUGAUGAGGACUUGAAAAUGGAGGACCGCACUCUCAGACCUAUAGUAGCGGCUAACGUUACCGUUGAAGCCAUGGAGACAGAAUUCACAUCGCCAAAGAAGCCGCUGAAUCUGAACAUUGAACAGUCAGCGUCUUGUUCUGAUACUAACGUCGCUGAGGGCCCUGUAGAAAACUCUGGUGAAACCGAAGGCGAUGUUGUAUAUAGUGGUUCACGCAACGUCUGCUACAAGCUGUGCGCUCUCAUACACCGACAGCUGGUCAAGGCGCACGCCGAAGUCAACCGGAGAAGGCCGCAAGAGUUGGCCGAAUUCCUUAACAGCUUAAUGAAAAAGCAAAAAGGGGGCGGGGAGAAGUUACCCUACCACUUUUCAGUUCAAUACGAGGCUCUUGUGGUGUCGAUGGUCGAUCAGGCUGAGAAGGCGGAGGAGAAAACAUCCACUCAAGAGGUCAACGAACCCGUCGCUGACGCACCUAAGAUGGAAACAACUGGUCCAGAGGCACCUCUAGCGUGUGCCGAAGGUGAGGGUGAAGGCGUUGUUGGAGGCGAAGGGUUCAGUGUGUUGGAGUCAGCGCCCGCCGCGCACCGGUUCAGGUUGUCCAUGCUACAGCCAUCGGAGCCGAGGAGCUUCUACUCCGCUGUCAAGAGGGAGAUCAAACUGCUCAAGAGCGAUCUACCGCCGGGGGUGUGGGUUCGUGGCUACGAGGACCGUAUAGACCUCAUAUCAGUGAUGAUCGCCGGCCCGGCCCGCACGCCCUACGAGGGAGGCCUGUUCGUGUUCGACGUGCAGCUGGGCGGGGAGUACCCGCGCGCCCCGCCGCUGUGUCACUACCACUCGUACUGCUCUGAUAGACUCAACCCUAACCUGUAUGAGGAUGGGAAGGUGUGUGUAUCUCUCCUGGGGACUUGGUCGGGUCGCGGAGUCGAGGUGUGGGGGAAAGAUAGUUCUCUGCUGCAGGUUAUAGUGUCCCUACAGGGACUCAUACUGAACGCGGAGCCAUACUUUAAUGAAGCUGGUUACGAGAAACAGAAAGGCACCCAGCAGGGCGAAGAGAACUCUCGCAUGUACAACGAGAUGGUGCUGUUAAAGUUGGUGCAGUCUAUGACCAAGAUGUUAAUGAACCCUCCGGAGCCGUUCCGCGAGGAGAUCCUUCAGCACCUGCGUGCGUCCGCGGCGAGCCUCUGCCGGCGACUGGAGGGCCUCGUGUCUCUGUCCAACGGCCAGCCGAGCGACCUGCCCCCUCCCGACUACCCCCUCAUCCCCGCCUCCCGCGGCUUCUGCCUCACGCUCCGCUCCUCGCUGGAGUCCUUCCGCAACGCGCUCCGCAAGAACGACAUCACAGUCCCCCCUACCACGUUAUAG